AUGGACAGUAAGAAACUUAUAUCGGGUCAUCAGUUCGCUGUUCUCAAAUUGCAAGACUCUUGCAAGAGCAUCGUCAAAGAUUUCGGGUUCUCUGCGGUCUCUCCAGCUGCGAUCAACAAAUUAUCUGCGAUAUUGAGAAGUAAAAUGACGGAGCUUUCACAGCAAACACGGUUACUAAUGGAGCAUGCGGGUCGUUCACAACCAAUCGUAGAAGACGCAAUAUCAACUUUAAAAUGCAAAAAGAUCAAUAUGGCGGAUUUGAUAGAAUACUCGAAACAAGUCAGAGGAGAACGAUUGAAUUCGCUACCAGUAUUUCCCACCCCCGACUAUGAGCUAGCAAAAUCAGCUGAAUAUUUCUUCCACGCAAUGUAUGGCGCAGUACCAUCUGAUAGAGAGCUUGAAACACGACCAGAGCACAUUCCACGCCAUCUCCGUGCCUUGCACCCAGAUUGGAUUGAGGAUGAGAAUCGAGCAGUGGUUGACAAAGUCACCAAAAAGGUUAUCAAAACUGCAGAGGACCGUGAGGAAGAGGAGUUUGACAAGCUGAAGCGAAUCAACACCUAUCGUCGAAAUGAAACUCCAGAAGCUCAGUUGGCCAGAGAAGAGAAAGAACGUAGAGAGAAGGAAGAAGCUGCGUAUGCCAAGAAGCGAAAUCGCGAGCGGUACGCGUUGGGAAUCACUUCGAUGAAAGACACAGAUCUCCCAAAUUUCGAGGAUAUGGAUUAUGAGGCGAUGGGAUUCUUUGCCGAUAUUGCGGAGACCAAAAGAAUGGAAGAAGAGCGUGUGAUUGAGGAGGAAAAGGCAAAGGAGUUGUUGGCUUUGAUCCGACCAAAACCAAAUGUCACAACAUCUUCGUUCGUCAAAGUCACAUCGGACAACUUGGUCAAUAGCGGAUGGCUUGGCACAUCAACAUCUCCUCCAGUUCAGACAUUUGUAUCAGAAGUUUCCAUGCCGGUCUUCAAACCCGAGAUCAUCCCACAAGAGCAGAUCGUCACUUCCUCAGUAAUCACCACUGAAGAUGUUGGUCCAACUUUCAAGAUGUCAGAUUUGGUCAAAAGCAAACCGCUUAUCAAGUUGUCGGGAACUGCUUCGAAUCCUGGCUCAGCACCGACUUCAAGACCCGGAAGUGCCAUGAGCGGUACAGUAAGCAGCACAACAGGAAUGACAACAGGCACACCAGUCAAGGUGAAACUGGCAGUGGGACGUCCGAAGAAGCCAAAGCCAGAAGGUGCUGAUGCUGUCGUUAGUGUUCCAAAGCCAAAAGGACGACCACCGAAAAAAGCAACGCUUGAGAAACGAAAGCGACUCAGUGAGCAAAUCAUCGCUCAACAACAAGAAAAAAUCGACAAGUUCAAGGAGGAGAAGCCGGAAAAACCUGAAAAAGCUGAAAAGCCAGAAAAGAGAACUAAGAAGAAUUCACUCGCCGAAGAAAUUCGUGACCAGCUUCUCCGUGCCAGGAGCCAGAUGGUUUUGCCAAAUUCUGCGCUUCCUCCACCUCCUCCUGUUGUGAUGCCGGUUGUCGAAGCGCCACCACCAAUAACUCUCCCACCUCUCAUCAUUCCAAAAUUCAAUUUUGACGCCAUUGCAACAGAUGUACCAGAAGUUGGAGCCACAAUGGAGAUUGACGCGGCACCAAUCUUGGAGUCACCGAUGAUGGAGAUCGAGAUCACCACCGAUGACCCGAACGCUCCACUGUCUGCAGUUUCUGACAUCAUCCCUCUAGACUUUCCAGAGGUUGGUGAGAAGAAAAAAAAGAAGGAAAAGCGUGAUAAGAACUCGGAAGAAUACAAAGAGUAUAAAAAGCUCAAAAAGGAACGGAAACGAAAAGAACGUGAAGAGCGCAAAGCAGCCGAAGCUCAAGAAAAUCCUGAGAAAGUUGAGCAAGUUGUGGAGGCUUCAGUUCCAGCCACAGUCACGGCUCCAGCCGCUGCUCCAGCCGCUGCUCCAGAAGAGACACCUGCAAUGGUUACUGAUCCCACCACCAAGAAUCCAAAGCUUAAGCUGAAAAUCAAGUUUGGUGCCAACUACCUCCCAACAACUUCGUCACCAGCCAAGGAGUCACCAAUGCGCCCAGAUUCCACCAGUUCUGCAAACCGACCACCUUCAUCAAAAGGUCACUAUCAAGACGAACCACCAGCAGCUCCACCAGCGAAUCCAUCAACGUUAAAGUUCCGAUUUAAGAAUCUGUUCCAUUUGUCGGAAAAAGAAGAGGAAAAGAAAGAGCGUUCAAAAACUCCAGACACCUCAAGACCAGGAUCGUCGUCUCGUGUUGAGUCGCCGUCCUCAGGCUCGUCGAAACAUCAUCAUAAGAAGGAGAAAAAGGACAAGGAGCACAAGAAGCAUAAGAAGGACAAAGAGCGGAGCCGUGAGGAGAAACAAGAACGAGAGGAGCGGAAGGAACGAGAGCUCCAGAAAGAGGAAGCAGCUCGGCAUGAAAUAGAAGAAAAAGAACGUCGUGAAAUGGAGUCACGCCUUAACGCUGAGGAAGAGGAGGAACGUCGCCGUGAGAAAGAACGCCGUCGCGCUGAACGCAAAGCUGAAAAGGAACGUCAAAAAGAGAAGGAUCGUAAUAAAGAAAAAGAAGAGCGACGUGAGCGCAAAGAGAAGGAACGAGAAGCUGAACGUGAGCGUGAACGUGAACGUGAACGAGAGAAGGAGCGUGAACGAAAAGCCGAGGAGGAAGCACGUAAACGGAAAGAAGAAGCUUCUGCACCUCCACCACCACCAACUCGUCAACUAAUCUCGCAAACCGAUGACGAUUCCAAUGAGUCGGAGAGCGAUGACGAGGAGAUUUGGAUUUGUCCAGUGUGCUCUGUGGCUUACACUGAUGGUGCAAACAUGCGAUCAGUGUCAGGAUUGGUUCCAUUGGUAAGUAGAGGGCAUUGCGUUGGCAUCACCGCCGAACCUACCGACUCCAAAUGGUUCUGUAACCGAUGCUCCAAAGGAAACAAGAGUAAAAAACAUGGCAAGCGAGCUGGUGGUCCACACGAUUCCGAAUCGUCCGCUAAGCGGAAGAAGAACUGA